AGGGGUGUGCAGGGCUGGGGGAGCAGCUGCUGUGGGGCACAGCUCCUGCAGCUCAGGUGAUGCAGAGCUGCCAGGAGGCUGCCUGGCAUUCCUGAGAACUUGGCUUUCAGUGGGAACACGUGUAUUUCUGAGGGUCUGGGCUGCCUGCCAGCACUGGUGCUUGAGGCUGGAAGAAAUCCUGGCCAGUUCUGUGAGGAGCUGGGCAGUGUUUGUAACUGCAGGAGGAAGGAUGCAAAUCCCUCUGUUCUCAGUGGUGGUCCAAGGUCAUCUUAAAACGAGAAAAAAUUUCAGUCUGUCUUCAAAUGAUAAAAAAAACCCCCAACCUUUCUUAGCUGUGAAUGAAUCUCUGCAUGGACCCUUGCCUUGUAGCAGAACUGAUUCAUGUUUUGUUUCCUAUGCAUAUUUGUUACACAAAACCAAACCCCCUGUGCCUUUUCUGAGACAGUGUCAGUGUCCAGCCAGGCCAUUGCUGUUUUUGUGUUGGAGUUUGGAGUGUGGUGUUGGCUCCUGCCUGUAGUCAGUGUUUUUGAGGAGGUUUUCUCCUGCUGCAGCUUCUCCAGGGUUUUUGCUGAUGCCCUGAGUUCAGUAGCUUCUUUCCAAGCUGACUUCUUGAAGAAUCAGCUUUUAUGGACCUCCUUCAUUGCCAGGAGUGCAGCAAGCCACAGAGGCAGCCUGGAACUCAUGGAUUUAGGAUUAGAAAUGAGGAAAGACAGGAGAACGUUUAUGUGGAAUUUUUCUCUCUUAUUUUAUGGUCUUGAUUAAACUGAAGCAAGAGAGUAGCUGUUCCAAGCUGGAAUCAUUGAUGAGACAGAAAUUACAAAUGGGCUGUAUUCUGUUAUUGAAAUGGGGCCCAAAAUUAUGAAAUCACUUGCUGGGUGAUUCGAGGGAAUGUCCAAAUUCCUGGAACAUUAGGGAUGUUUUGUCUGUCUCGUGAACAGUAUCUCUCAUGGCAAUGAACUUGGGAAGAAACAGAAGAAACAAGCACUUCAAUCCCCAGGAACUGGGUGUCACAAAUGAGUGUUUGAAGGUCACCCAAAGAAUCCUUGGGAGAGGCAUCAGCAGAAGCAGGUUUGAUAUCAAAAAGUGUGACCAAAUUCAUUGGCAAGGUUCACUCUGUUACUUAUUAAAUGGUUAAAGCACACAGAGAAAAGCUGAAAUAGAAAAUCAAGCAAUCUAAAAUCAAUCAGUGUGGAGGCUGGGGAUGGAAAGGAAUGAGGGAGAUCCUCCUGUUGAGUCACAAGGCUCAGAGUGGACCAACCUGCCAGACUGAGCCCUGGAAUUACCAACAGGUCAGGCCUAAAGGGUUCCUAGAAACAGAGUGGCAGCACUUAAACUCAACAGCAGAGAAUCAGCAGAUAAGGAAUUGAACAAAGGUUUUAUGGAGAAUUUCCUAUAAGCACAACAGGAGCUCCCUUAGAGGCUGAGCUUACAAAUCUAAAGUACUCCAGAAUCCAGGAGGGCAGCAUUCCCAGUGCUUUGGCUCUGGCACAGCCCCAAGGACCAUGUCCAGGUGUAUCCCUGGGAAAAAUUCCCCUCAAGUUCCCUGUUUAUAGAGUCCUAAGAGAGUUGGUUUUAGUCAGAGUCACUUUCCAGCCUGGCUGCAGUUUGGGUCAGUAUCUUCCUUUGAAAGGUCAAUAACAAAAGUGUUCCACUUGGGUUAUUCAGGCAAGAAAAAUCAGAUUGCAGGGCUGUUGGUUAAAGCCAGGAUUUGUUAUCCAGCCCUGGGAGCAGCCAGUGUUCCUGAUAAGCUCAGGGUGCUGCUUAUCAAGGUCAGGGCCUGAGGACAUUUCUGAGAUCAUGGUGUGGCCUUGGGGGCUUGGAAGAUUCACCCCCCCAAGGAAAGCUGUGCCACAGUCCUUGUUCUGUGCUGAAUUGCACAGAAUCCCCCUGUGCAGCUCAGUUCAGGGUGCUGCUCUGCUCUCUUUUCAAUCUGUUGUUUAAAUUAGGUGCUGCCAUUAAAUUUUCCAAUCGUUUUUUCUCUUUUAUAAAAAAUUUGGAAGCCAACUGAAAAUAUUUGAGCUUUCCCAAUCUCCAGUAAAAGUUCGAAACAUUCCAAAAUGACACCAGGAAAUGCCAUAGCUGUGCUCAUGUGCUUUUAACCCGUGGUGAAAUCACUGGGUUAGUCCAGUGUCCAAAAACCAACCAAAACCUCCCUGAGUGGCUCGUUUUGGGUAAGAAAAUACCUGUUCUAUUAAGCACAUCAAAGGCCCAAGGAAAAAGAGAGCACAGAGUUUCUCCACUGCCUGGAAUGGCAAAGAGGAAGCUUUUUAAUACUGAGGGUUUGUCAGACUUAAAUAGAGUUGUUGUUGAGGAAGGAGUGGGAGCCACAAGAGGUGAUGGAUUAAAAAUUAAUUUCCUGAUCACUUGGAAUACUGACCCAGGUGUGAGUGAUGGAUCAGCCCUGUCUUGCCUUUCCAGGGAGUACUGGGCAACAUCCAUCCCCAAAUUCUGUGAGAAAAUGGGACAUGAGGCCAGGACAGGCACUUUUUAGGACCAGUUAUUCUGUGGAUCAUCAGUUCUUUUAAUAUUUCUAAUACAUUCCCUGAUUUUCAUUAGAGAUACAGAACUGGAGAAGGUUUUGACUGACUACUGAAGGAUUUAAAGAUGCCAUGGUUAAUUCUUGUAGGAAUCCAGCUUGCAGAAGGCUCCUGUAAAUGUUCAUGUGUUGCUUUGCCUUUGGAAUUGCCAAUGGAGGAGUUUAACAAUCUUUCCUUGUUCCCAAAACUGAUGUCUCCACAAAACUCCAGUGUUACUACAGGCGUGUACAACCACCACCAGCUUACUCAGACACUGCAGGUGGUGUAAGCUUGGAGUAACCUUGCUGCUUUUAACUCCAGUGGCAAAACAGAGCCAGAGCCAAAAAUUAAUGUCCUUUAAACCUCCUGGGUUUCAUGUGUACAGGCUCAGGCAAAGGCUGCAGUGUGUUAAAAGUCUUUCAUGCUGGUGCUGUAAUUUAGGAGCUGGAAAAGAUUCCAGGCUUUCCUCUCUUUCCAUGAGCUCAUGGAUUGAAAACCAAGGAACAAGGAGCUUUUUGGUUUUGCUGGUGACUCUGGGCUGUUUGAAGAGCUAAAAUGAGGAGCUGCUCAGAGCACUGCAGUGUGUCCUGAGCUCAGGUGGGAUCUGCUUCCCAGAAAAGCCGUGUUCCCUGCUCCUGGAGCAUCCUGCUGGCAGCAGGGCCCGGAUCCUCUGCUCCCUGGAGGUGUGAAAGGAAUGCAGAAGCUGUUACGUGGGAAUCUGCUGCUGCUGCUGGGCAAAGUUACUGCAACUUCUUUAUUCCUAGGGGAGCAUCCCUGCUUUGUGAGGUCAGAAAUCCUGCUUUCCUCUGGAGCACUGCAACUCCUUUCCAUUUGGAUUCCUGUGACUGGGAGAACUGGGAGGGAAGAGGGAUCUGAUCUGCUGCAGAUGGGCUCUGCUUGUGUGAAACUCUCCCUUUUCUGGAGCUGCUCCUGCUUCUCCAGGAUGUUCCAUGGCUUCUCCAGGACAUUCCAUGGCUUCCUGCCUGUUCCCAGUGUCUCCUGUGCUGCAACCAGGUGUAACCUUGUAGUGGGCCGGUGCCUGUCAUACUCAGAAGCUCAAGAGGGACUCGUGGAGCUUCAUUUGAAAUGGUUUUAAUGCGAAUUUCAUUCUGUGGGUUAUUAAAUUGGGUUUUCUUUUGCAGUUGUCACCUGUGGGAGAGAAAAUCCAAUUGUUGCUGUUUGCUCUGCAGGGAAAAAGUGGGAACAAUUGGGUUGUCCAUAGUUUUAGUUCUCCAUGGCCUCUUUAAGGGUGAGGAAAAGCAGUUUGGGAAAGCUUUUAGGUCUGAUUUAUUCCUGAUCUGUUCCUGUGCUUAGUGAUUGCCUUUCCAAGUUAAUUCCUUGGAAUAAAAAUCCGCCUGCUCUGAUCCAGAGCCACCCUGGCUGGGAUGGAGGAGGAGAUGGGUUUGGAGGGAGCUGGGAAGCUUCAGGAAGCUUCCCCAGUCCUGCAGAGUGGGAUUUGUCAGGAGCUGAAGGUGCCCAGAGCUCCACAGGAUCUGCAGGUGCAGCUGUGGGGCUCCAGGUGGGAAUGUUGGUGUGGAGCAGCCCUGUGGCUGCUGUUUCCAUCGCCUCUGGAAGCAGUGAGCCCUGGGAAGUGCUCCCAAAGCUGAGGCACCCUGGGAAAAGCAUUGGAAAUGGAAGAGCUCCUGUUCAGGCACUGCUGCCCUUCAGCUCCUGGCAGGCCUGGGCAGCCUCAGACCCCAAAGGAAUUUCCUGGCUGGAUAGUCAGGGGUGACCAGGAGAAUUCCAAAUGUGUUUUCCUCUGCUCCCCGUCCCCUCUGCUCUGUGCUCAGGGCUGGGGUUGUUUUUAUAGGGACCUAUCCUGGCUAUUCCUGGUUUCCAUCCAUCCCUCACGCACAUCCAGGCAUUCUCUGGAGGAAGAACCUGCUCCAAGUGUCCUAUUUAUGUUUUAAUUAGCAGUCCGCACUUGAUUAAUUAGCUGAGGAAGCAGGGGAUGUUCAAGCCUGUGUUUGGGGCCAGGCAGGCAGGUGGGCCAUUCGUUAGGGCAGGUUUGCUAAUGACAUUAAUUAAUGCGUCCUGCUGGGAGCUGCAGGAGCAGGGCAGCGCCAAGGGGUUGUUUUUCUCUCAUUUCUCUGUAUUUCCAUCUAGUUCAUGUAGCAGAAACUACUGGAGUAACUCAGCACUGGAUCCCAUCCUCCAGCUGGAUUUUCCUUGUCAUCCCCAAGCUGAUCCUUGUAGGAAUGUCCCUAAAACCGUGUGUAGUGCUGGCUGGGAAUGUCCCUGUUGCUGUUUUUGUCUGUGUCACUGGUGAGGGACAUUUGUGGGGGAUGAAGCCCCGUUUGGAACGUGCCCCUGAGGGGCAGUUCAGUCCCUGCACUGCUUGAACCCUGUCUUGUCUAGAGGAGAAUUGUGUCUGUUCUCUGUGUUUGUCCCACGGAGUCUCACUUGGAUUGCAGGUAUUUUUAUUCCCUACACCAAUAAACCCCUUGCCUUUUUAAAGGAACUGGCUGCUCUGUUUAUUGGGAAUUAACUCAGAAAAACUUGGAAAGGUGAAGUCAGUGAAAGGAUAUUAAUUAAUAAAGUGAGUCUGGAGCCACUUCCCCUCCACAGCACAGAAAUGGGGUGAUACCUUUGGUUUGGAGGGUGCAGGGUCUUAAAAACAACCCAAAAAGGCACAUAACCAAUGGAAAAAAAGGAAUAUAACUACGGGGGGAAAAAGGAAUCUAACCCAUGGAAAAAAGGAAUCUAACCAAUGGAACUCUGUUAAAUCUUGGUGUCUUCUGCAAACUGUGCUGCUCUGGAAGGGGUUUUAUGUAGAUUUUCCGUUCUGUAUUAAACCCAAGUAUCUCCUCAGUGUUUCCUUGCUCCUGGAGAGCUGUCUGUCCCUCACUCACCUGGCCACAGCUGUCUCCAGGCUGGCUUCCAAAGCUUUCUGAGGAGCAACCAGAGCUUCUGGAAGGAGCUGAGUCCAACCUUUGUGAGUCCAGUGAAGAGGUUUUUUUCUGAUGGGUUCAGAGUGAAGAACCCACAGCCCAACUGCUGAUGGUGUCCUGGAAAAAUCCUCCUUUAUCCCAUUCUUUUUCAUCAUGGAUAGAGAGGUGUUAAAUUUUUGAAGUGCAGACAAACUCAGCUGAGAUGGGAAGAUGCUCAGGAGGGAGAUUCCAGGUACAAAACUUCCCUGUGAAUGCUGGGAACAGACUCCAGACCCAUUAGCCGGCCCCUGAUGAAGAUUUUCCACCUUAAAAAUGGGUAUUUUCUAUGCUUGAAGGCAAUAAAAUGGGCCUGGCACUGGGGUAUCCUCAGUCCCUGGGUGUUUCACAGGCUUCUUGCUAAUUUUAAAUGUUCUUAGUGCUGCCAGUGAAAUCCUUCAUUUACUCAAUUAGACUCGCCUUGCAUUUAAUUGGAUUAUUAGCAUUAACACUGGCUAGGAUUGAUAAAACUGCAAUUUAAUUUGGGGGGAAUUUAGACAAAAGGUGUGGUACUUGGAGUUUCUCCUGCCUGCAAGCAGCUCAUGGAUUCCGGUGUUCUCCUGGAAUUUGUGUUUUCCUUCCCUUUGGGGGCAUGGAGAGGAUGGGGGGAUACAAAACCUUUCUCUCAACAACAGAUCUUGGAGCUGUGGCAGAGAGGGAAGGGAUCCAGUGUGAAUGGAAUUGAUAAAAAUCUAUAAAUAACCAAAAACCCCAGGGAUGGACCUGCAGAGUUAUGGGAUGCUGCUCCUGGAUCCCUGAAAGUGUCCCAGGCCAGGCUGGAUGGGGCUUGGAGCAGCCUGGGAUAGUGGGAGGUGUCCCUGCCCAUGGCAGGGGGUGGGAGAGGAGGGAUUUUAAGGUUCCUCCCAACCCACACCAUCCUUUUAUCCCGUUUUCCAAAAGGGAAGGGGCUCCCCGAAGGCAGUGGAAGCAGAGAGCUGAACUCCUGUGGGUUCCAAUACUGCCAAAAUUCCUCAAGGAAUGACUCAUGGAGGAGAAGAAACAGUGCUGGAUUCCUCCUUCCUUCCUAAGCCCGUCUUUCGAGGGUUGAUUCCCCAGACAAAUUGGGAAUUCCCAUCAGCACGGCCCUGGGAGGGACGUGCGGUGCAGCCAAGGGAUGCUGAGCUGCCGUCCCUGCCCUCUCCUGGGUGAUUCCUGGAUAACACCUGGAUCCCGGUGCUGCUGGAGCCACUCCACGCUGCGUGAUCUCUGCCCUCAUCCUUUACCAUGAAAACGGCACAUGAAGCACAGACCCGACAAAAUGAGCCUCAUGGACAUCAACAAAAUGUUCUCCCUGCUGCAGCCCAGGGAUGACGAGGAGGACAGCGGGGAGAGCGAGGAGCUGAGCCGGGCCGUGUGCGAGGACGAUCACGAAACCCUGGACAGGCUCCUGUCCCAGGACAGGUACAAGAAGCUCAUCAACCGCAGGAGCGGCUGGGGCGUCCCCAGCACCCCCCUGCGCCUGGCGGCCACCUGGGGCUGCGUGCGGAGCCUGCGGGUGCUGCUGGCCCACGGGGCCGAGGUGGACAGCCUGGACGUGAAGGCUCAGACCCCGCUCUUCGUGGCGGUCAGCAACGGGCACCGCGAGUGCGUGCGGGUGCUGCUGGAGGCCGGCGCCAGCCCCGUGGGCAGCGUCUACAACAACUGCUCGCCGCUGCUGCUGGCCGCCAGGGACGGCCACGUGGACAUCCUGCGGCAGCUGCUGGAGCACGGCGCCGAGGCCAAUGUCCAGGCCCGGCUGCCCGAGUGGGCGGCCAACUCGGUGGCCUGCUCGGGGCCCCUGUACCUGGCGGCCGCCUACGGGCACCUCGAGUGCUUCCGCCUGCUGCUGCUGCACGGCGCUGACCCCGACUACAACUGCACCGAGCAGGGCGUCCUGGCCCAGAUCCGCGAGCCCAAGACCCUGCUGGAGACGUGCCUGAGGCACGGCUGCCACAGCGACUUCAUCAGGCUGCUCAUCGACUUCGGGGCCAACGUGUACCUGCCCAACCUUCCCCGGGACGGGGCGGCCCCGCGCAGCGAGGGGCUGGAGCUGCUGCUGCAGGCCAGAGCUCAUCCCAAAUCCCUGCUGUCCCAAUCCCGGCUGGCCAUGAGGCGUCUCCUGAAGCAGCCUGGCCGCCCGGCUGCCCUCGGAGAGCUGGAGAUCCCAACAGUCCUGGCCAAAUACCUCCAGCACCAGCCGUGAUUCCCAGCCUGCCCUCAGGGACACGACUCUGAGCACCCCAGUUAAAACCUGCUCCGACCCCUGGCAGCGAAUCCCUGAGAUCUGUGACACCGCUGGGAAUUUGUGGUCACGAGUUCAUUUUUGCUGGCGAGCUGUCUCCAGAAAGCGGUGCCUGUGUGGAAAGCUGGGAAGGGGGAGAGAACAGGACACCUCAGCUCCUGGUUUGGAGCAAAGUGAGGGUAAAGCAGGAUUUGAUUUC